AUGCCGAUAUGGAAUGCGGACGAAGAGGCAAAGAAGAUCACUAGUUUCGUACAGAGGUUGUCGUGGUCGAUUCAGAGCUUCAUGGUGGAAGGCAUGUUGGCAAUCGAGUUCGCUCUGGAUGAUCAAGCGCGUAUACUCAAAGAGAACGCACAGCGAGUCGAGAAGAAGCUGGAUUCCAUACAGGACGAUGGUCGGCGCCCCCAAUUGCUUCCCCGCCCAGACGGUACAUCGGUACCACUGUACGCGGUGUCGGCGCGAUUCGACUGUGGCCCGGAACGUGCAGCCUGUCUGGAAGAGACGCGUACCGACAUCUUGGACAGAAUCUCCACCUGGGCAUCAAGCCAGCACACGCCUAGUAACAACCCCGGUCCUGCUCCAGACUCCAGUCACGAUGAGCCCGAUAUUUCAUGGCUGAACGGCCAGGCCGGCUCAGGCAAGACGACGAUUGCGUACACCAUCGCAGAGCGAUGUCAAGAACAAGGCAUUCUUGGCGCAAGCUUCUUCUGCUCUCGGUCCGAUACCGACUGCAGCAAUCCCUUGAUGAUAUUCACGACAAUCGCGUACCAGCUCGGACUGUUCCACCGGCCUCACAAGGACCUGGUCGCACAGGUACUCCAGAAGGACCCUCUGAUUGUAUACUCCAGCGUCACCCGCCAAUUCGAGGAGCUGAUAUUGCAGCCGCUGACCCAGCUCCGCGAUAGCUUUCCACCAUGCGUCGUAGUAAUCGAUGCGCUCGACGAAUGUCGAGACUCCCAAGUUACGUCUGCGGUGCUGUCUACUCUCCUGAAGCACGCGGAAGAUAUCUCCCCCCUCCGAUUCUUCAUCACUAGUCGCCCCGAGCAGCACAUUGUCGGCAGCUUCGACACUCCCGACUAUCGCAAUGCGUUUGGGAAGCUGGUUCUGCAUGAGAUCUCAUUACCGCUUGUCACCGUGGACAUCACUCGCUACUUUACCGCAACCCUAUCUGAUAUUAGAAGGCGAUUCAAUCUGCCAGAGUCGUGGCCUGAGAAGGCGGACAUCGAGACGCUGAGCAAGAUGGCCAAUGGGCUGUUCAUAUUUGCUGCGACCGCGGUCAAGUUCAUCGGAGACCGGAACUACAACGACCCCGUGGGACGGCUCAAGAUGCUUACGUCCCCUGUGAUUCCCCUCGGAUCUCAUCGGCUGCUCGAUUGGCUGUAUCUGCAGGUGCUCGACACCGCAUUUCCUGAGAUCUCGAGGGGCCUGUCGGGACGUAUCAAGUCAGUGCUCGGCUCGAUCGUCGUGGCCCAAGAUCCUCUCCCCAUUGCAAGCCUCGCGAGUCUAACAGGGCUCACUUCUGACACGGCAUACACGUCCCUUCUAGGACUGCACUCCGUCCUCGUGGUGCCAUCCUCUGAGUCCAACAUCCGCAUCAUCCAUCCAACCUUUGCUGAAUUCCUGCUCGACUCGGAUCGCUGCACGAGCCGGUCAUUCGUCAUCAAUUCGCGGGCGCAGCACACACUGCUGCUCCGUGGAUGCCUAGGGGCGCUGAAAGAGCUCAAGCGAGACAUUUGUGACAUCCGGGACCCGUCUGUGCUCAACGUUGAGAUCUAUGACCUAGCUAUGCGUGUGGAGAGGGCGAUCCCGCCACACUUGAGAUACUCGAGUCGGCACUGGUACACUCAUUUGGUGGGCGGCGAGGUCUCGGACGAGAUCCUGGAUGGGCUGUUGGAAUUUUCGCAGAAGGACCUGGUGCACUGGGUCGAGGCAUGCAGCCUACUUGGAGUUCUCAGAGAUGCAAUCUCUGGGCUGAGUGAGUCGCAGCGGAAGCUUAGGGACGUGGAUGAUGGGCGAGCCAGGAGGACUGUGCUCCUGUUGAACGACUGCGAGCGGCUGAUUGUUGGCUACUUUCCUGCAAUCAGUGGUUCAGCACUGCAGUUGUACUACUUGAUCCUGUCACUCGUUCCAAAGGACACGACGCUUGGGCAGAUCUACGCACACGAAUGUCUCGCGGAGAGCUCGGUCAAAGUUGUUGGGGGCGUGGCAGACUCGUGGGACGCUUGCUUGGGCACAGUCACCGCACACGAAGGCGCACGGGUCCGGGCCAUCGACUUUGCCCCUGAUGGCAGGACGAUCGUCUCUUCGGGCGAGGACGGCAAGAUACGGAUUUGGGACGCGCUUACGUGCGCCCUGGUUCUCGUCUUCUCCCAUCAUUCCGGCUACGUUUUCUCUGUCAGGUAUUCUCCAGACGGUGCUCGCAUUGCCUCCGCUACCGGUGACCGCAUAGUCAAGAUCUGGGACGCUGUGUCCGGCGUGCUUCUCCGCACCCUCGAAGGGCACACGGAUGGGGUCUGGUGCGCAGUCUUCACGCCCGACGGCAGGCGCAUCGUGUCUGGCUCCUGCGACCAUUUCAUCAAGAUCUGGGAUGCUGAGACAGGAUCGUGUGUGGCAACUUUGACCGAACACCAAGACUCGAUCGGAUCCGUUGCCGUGUCUCCGGAUGGCCUUUGGAUGGCGUCGGGUGCACAUGACUUAGUCUGCCUGUGGAGCAUGGAAGCGCCGUACAUUCAUCGCGUCUUGCUGAAGCGGAAACGCGAGAACUUAUUCUAUUCCGUCGCCUUCACACCAGACAGCUCCAAAGUUCUGACUGCCUCAAAGGGGGCAGGGAAGGUGUCCGUCUGGGAUGUAAAGAUCGCCGAGCGCCUCUAUAACCUCCGGCCAUCGGGCCAGCCAUCCCCGUCCAUCCGCAGUCCCAGCUUUUUCCCAGCCGGAGACAAGUUUGCAUAUGGAUCGGGGGAAUCUGUCGUCGUCUUAGACCUUGCUCAUGGCGAGACUCGACAAUCGUUCGCCGGUCACACCGACGAUGUCACCUGUGUCACCUAUAACCGAGAUGGGACUCGCAUCGCGUCUUGCUCGUACGAUGGCACCGUCCGACUGUGGAACGCGACGCAGGACGCAGUCAACAUGCCGCGGCACAGGAACACUGUCAGGUCAUCCACACCGUCUAGCAAGGAGCCAGUGGAUUGUCGCUUGACCGUUUUCUCUCAGAACGGAAGUCGUGCGCUGCUGACGCGCGACAAUAAUUCGACCGAAGUGUACAAGACCGAUAGAUGGGACUGGGCAUACAAGCCUCUGUCCUUACCCUCAGAAUGCACCCACUACGCGGCGUUCUCACCAGACGAUGCGGUGAUUCUUACAGCGUCAGAAGGGAAAAAUGGCGAGGUGACACUGUGGGAUGCUGCUUCUGGGUCACUGCAGGUCCGAUGGAAACGUGUGGUGUACAUUAUGCACUGGGCCAUUUCUAUUCAGAGCACGCUCAUGUGGAGCGGCGUGUUGAGCUACAUGUCGCACUGCUUCGGUGGCCAGUCGUCGCCGAUCAUGUUCUCGCCAGACAGCCGAUAUCUGCUCACAGGGACCAUCUCCACAGCCAGUAACUCUGGAAAGCACACUGCUUGUCUCUGGGAUGUCGCGACGGGAAAACUCAUCCGCGAGUUUGUCGGACACAGUCACGAUGUUCUCUCCGUCGCCUUCUCCCUCGACGGCAGACGCAUCGCAACAGGCUCCCUCGAUAGGACUGUGAUGAUUUGGGAGGUCGCCACCGGAGCGCGUGUUGCGACGUGUAGCAGACAUGGCGUUUGGGUACACUCAGUCGCCUUCUCUCCGAAUGGAGAGCGCGUCGUGUCGGGAGGUCAUGAUCAUUGCAUUCUCACGUGGAGUGCAGAGGGAGGGGAGUUGCUUCAGUCGUUCGAGGGGCACACGAGCUUGGUAACGUCGGUCGCCUUUACUCCCAAUGGGGACGUCGUCAUUUCCUCCUCGAACGACAACACCAUGCGACUCUGGGACGUCAACACGGGCGCUUGUCUCCUCGUCCUCAACCCAGAUACCUGGGGCAGCACUGUGCGACUGUCCCCUGACGGCUCCGGCAUCCUAGUUGGCGACGACGAUCGACUCGUUCAGCUAUGGGCACCUCUCGAUGUAGACGCGCAGGCGACGACAUCGCUUCCUUGGCUCCCGCGUCGGACCUGGCCCGUGUACUACAUCGACGACGGCUGGCUCUUCUCGAUGAUGCCGACGCGACGAACGCGAAUGUGCUGGCUACCGGUGGACUGGCGGGGCUUGGCGGGGUAUGACAGGCAGAAUGUUCUGUUUAAAAGGCAGGGUGCUCAGCUUAAUUUUCCAGGAUUGAGCAGCUACCCCGAGAGCCCGCGCACUGAUCGCACAUAGUAGUGCCAUAUCUAAAGUAUUGGCUAUAUUCAUAUCAUCUCUAUU